AUGAAGGCGGUGAGAAUUUUUUGUCUGUAUCUAGGGUGGCUGUUGGCGUGCCGGACGACGCCCACCUUACAAGACUCAACGUACGACGAGGCUCAGCGGGACGGCAUCCUCCCCGUUGUGGACGUCGAAAUGGUCGCACCGAAAAGGUGGCAGGCGUACAGGAAUGGACUGAACCGUCUGAAGCGGGAACUUUCCUUCGUCAUAGACCGAGGCAAGUUACUGCCUUCGUCGUGA